CUUUCUACCUUUCUGAAGACAGAGGCAUAGAAAUUACACCAUGGGAAGAAAGUUACUGUACCUUCUGACUGUGGGGGUCUGUGUAGCCUAUUAUAUUUACAUGCCUUUACCAGAUAAUUUUGAGGAGCCCUGGAGAUUAAUGUUGAUCAGUACACCAAUGAAAAUUUUUCUACAUUUGGCUUCAUUUGUAGAGUUCCUGGGACUGUACCAUGUUAUGGAUUCAUUCGCACUAAUUAUGGCUUUUGUUGAAGUCCCACCAACUUCAGAUGAAAAUGUCACUGUGACUGAGACCAAAUUUGACAAUGUUCCUGUCCGUGUGUAUGUGCCCAAGAGGAAGCUGGAUGCACAGAGAAGGGCUGUGUUUUACAUCCAUGGUGGGGGCUGGUGUGUUGGAAGUGCUGCUUUAGGUAAUUAUGACCUGCUCUCAAGAUGGACGGCAGAGAGGCUUGAUGCUGUGGUCGUGUCAGUCAACUACAGAUUAGCACCUAAAUAUCACUUCCCAGUCCAAUUUGAAGAUGUAUAUAAUGCGUUAAGGUGGUUCUUACGCAAAACUGUUCUUGAAAGUUAUGGCGUAAACCCUGAGAGAAUCUGCGUUUCUGGAGACAGUGCAGGAGGGAAUUUAGCUGCAGCAGUGACUCAGCAGCUUCUAGGUGACCCAGAAGUCAAGACCAAAGCGAAGAUCCAAGCUUUAAUUUACCCUGCACUUCAGCCUCUUGACUUAGAUUCCCCAUCACAUCGUGAAAAUGCACAAAUGCCGAUUCUGUCUAAGGCACUCAUGGUCAGGUUCUGGAGUGAAUACUUUACCACAGACAGGAUGCUGGAGAAGGCCAUGCUUUCCAACCGACACGUACCUGAAGAAUACAGUCAUCUCUUCAAAUUUGUUAACUGGAGCUCCUUGCUCCCUGAAAGGUUUAGAAAAGGACAUGUUUAUAACAACCCAAUUUAUGGUAGUCCUGAGUUGUCUCAAAAAUAUCCUGGGUUCCUAGAUGUGAGGGCAGCGCCUCUGUUGGCAGACGACAGCAAGCUGCAUGGUUUACCCCUCACCUAUGUCCUCACAUGUCAGUAUGAUGUCUUAAGAGAUGACGGAAUCAUGUAUGUCACCAGACUUCGGAACGCUGGUGUUCAAGUGACUCAUAACCACGUAGAGGAUGGGUUCCAUGGAGCAUCUUCCUUUCCAGAAUUGAAAAUUUUUCAUAGACUGACAGAUCAUUAUAUUAAUUGGCUAAAGAAAAAUCUAUAGCAAAACAUAUAUUCCUAAAAGAUUUAAAAAAUGGAAGAAGUACAAAAACAUCAUAAAAUCUAAUUGUAAUAAAAGUGGUGUAUUUGGAAAAGUG